UAGUUCUUUGUAUGGCACUGAUGCGUACAGCGUCAACAACGGUUUUGAAGAAAGAAACUGAGAAGGAAUUACUCAGAAGAAAAGCAGACUCGGGAUUUGAUCUUUUCUUUGCUUCAAAUGAACAGGAAAUGGAAAACAUUCCGAUUUACUUCAAGAAACCACUACCAUCUUGGCUUAAAGGCACAUUGAUACGAAACGGACUUGGAAAAUAUGAGGUUGGCGGCAGACGUUUUACGCAUGCAUUCGACGCCUUUGCAAAACUAAGCAGCUGGCAAUUUCCAGGAAAUGGCACCUCAUUCUUUUCUACCAAAUUCCUUCAAAGCGAAUUCUACAAAGAAUCAAUGGACAAACAUGAUAUUGCACCCUAUCUUUUGUUUGAAUCUGUGGAUCCGCCAUUCAAUUUCCUUCAAAGGCUGAAGGCCCUCGUAAGAGGUAUUGACAACAUGAAUGUAAAUGUUUACAAGUUCGGAGAUGGAAAUAUUGUAGCAUUAAAUGACUUCUGGAAAGUCUAUCAAAUCGAUUCCGACUCCCUGCAAACUUUGUCUUCAUUCUCGGCUCCUGUUCACGUUCACAAAAGUCCGUCAGCUUUCUCAUUUUUGAAUUUCCUUUCCUCUGCACAUUCCCUUCCGGAAUCAGGAACAUCAAAUCAUCUGACCUAUUUAUCCAGUGUAAAUGUCAUUCCAGGAAUGAAAAGCAAAAUUUCACUGGUGAGAAUAAAAUCGACCAAAAAUAGGGAGAUAAUUACAUCGUGGGAGGUAGAUCGCAUUCCUUAUAUGCAUUCUUUCGCUGCAACAGAAAAUUACGUUAUAUUUUUUGCUUGUCCAUAUUACAUCAAUGUUAUGAAAAUGAUUCAGCAUGCUAUCCCAGAGAAAGCCUUAGACUGGGAACCUAACUCUCCUACAACUUUAUAUGUUGUACAUAUAAAAUCUGGUGAGGUAUACACGUUAAAAACAGACAAUGUGUUCAUGAUGCAUCAGAUAAAUGCUUUUGAGAAAGAUAAUUCGGACAUCAUCGUGGAUAUUUCGUCCUACCCGAAUCCAGACUUCGUUGAGAACCUAGAAAUGAGAAACUUAUUGGAUCCAAUUAAAAGGAACCAAUUUGACACAAGGGCAGCUGUAAGAAGAUACUUCAUAAAUCUGAAUACCUUAACAGUCGAAUGGAAAACGUUUGAAGAUUCCCGAAAUGCACCCUGUGCCUCAGCACUUGACCUCCCAGCCAUUAACGAAAACUAUCGAUAUAAAUCGUACUGUUUUGCGUAUGGAGUAGCUUUGAAAUGCAAUAAUGUUUCCUUGAGUGAUAUAGCACUAGUCAAAAAAGAUCUGUGUGGGCGGGGCCAGGACAGAAUGUGGAAAGUAUCCAAUCAUUAUGCAGUAGAGGCGUGGUUUAUCCCAACACAUAGUGGCAAAUCUGAAGAUGAUGGAUAUCUCGUUCUUCCAGUUUUGGACGGAAUAACAAAUUCAAGUUAUUUGGCGUUCCUAAACGCCACUACUAUGGAGAUGGUCAAUUCAGCGGUACUUCCUACGAUUGUACCAUUUAACCUUCAUGGACGAUUCUUCCAGGAUUUAAUAUAA